AUGCUUGCAAACAACCUUUCGUCAGAUGACCCAACAUUGGAAAGGACAUACAGAGGUCACCAUGGAACGAUCACGGGACUUAGCUUCUGUCCAAGUAUGAAGAGAAUGGCAUCGGUUGCUAUGGAUUCAACCCUAUAUAUCUGGAACUUUAAACCAAAUCUGAGAUCAUACAAAUAUCAACAACAUGAAAAGGGUGGAGUCAUGUGCGUUGAAUUUUCCCCUUUGACUGGAAAGUUAGUGGCUACAGGAGGAAGAGAUAAAACUAUUAGACUUUGGCAGCCAACAAUUGAAGGAAAAUCAACUGUAAUUAGGGGCCACACAAACACUGUUCGGAGUGUUCACUUUUCAAUGGAUGGAAAACGACUCUUGUCAUCUUCCGAUGAUAAAACUAUCAAGUUAUGGUCUAUUGCAAACCAACAAUUCAUUCAAGUAUUUUCUGGACACUCCAACUGGGUAAGGGCCACAGAUUUCUCGCCUGACGAACGUUUAAUCGUGAGUGGCAGUGACGACAAAACUGUUCGACUAUGGGAUAUUAAAUCUAACAAAUGUAUAAUGACAUUGGUUGAGCAUGCUGACAAUGUAAAUGACGUACACUUUUCUCCCGACGGAAAUUGUUUGGUAUCUUGUAGCGUUGAUAAGACAGUGAAAGUGUGGGAUGUAAGACUGGCCAAAAAGCUUUUGCAACAUUUUACUGGUCACGAAGACACAGUAAACCAAGUGAGCUAUCAUCCAAGUGGUGACUACAUUAUCAGUUGCAGCACUGAUCAAACAAUGAAGAUAUGGGACACACGUGAAGGAAGGCUGUUCUACACGAUCAGUGGUCAUGCCAGUCCAACAACUGCAGUCACAUUUUCUCCUCUCGGACAAUCUAUGCAUGGUAUGGAAAACAAAUUUCGACAAAUCUCUUCCAAUUACCUGUUCGAAAAUAAUUUGUCCCCACCUUUUUCAAAUGUAAAUACAUACGCAGGAAUUGAAGAAGAUCAGAUGGCAGAGCGACUGUUCAUGGGAACUGCAGGUCAUUCAGAAAGACCGACCUCGGCCCCUGCACAACCAAGAUCUACUGUUCCAGUUGCUAACGGAAAACAAUCAAGUUCAACAUUUGUUAACUCCCAACCACCAGGAGCUACUUUCUCAAAAUUACAAACAACCAAUUCUGCAGCAGGGUCUUCCUUUCCUCCACAGCAAUCACCUCAGGUUGCUAAUAGACAACAACCACCUCAAAUCUCUAGCGUUUCAAAUUUCCAGAGUGUCUACUUCCCACCACCAAUUCAAACAGAUAAUAUUCCACCCUCACUUGCUAACACAUUGGAGCAUAUUCUAAGACAGUUGGAUAUUAUCACACAAACGGUGAAAGUAAUGGAGGACCGCCUUACCCUUACUGAACAUAAGCUCUCAAAAAUGGAAAUUAAUCAAAAAAAGAUAAUUCAAAUGGAACUUGCUAACCAAAUUGCACACAUGAACCACGUCCAGCAACAACAGCUAUUUCCACCACAAUCUCAGCACAACAACUUUCAGCCAAAUUCCACAUCUUUCAACACUAGAUUACAAGAGACACCUAUUCUUGGACCAACUCCUUCAUUGACAUCAUCACCCAACAUGUCGAACUCCUCACAAGCAUCAUCUCAACAUUCAUCACCUAAACCUGUCAUUAAUAACGAUCAUGAAGACUCCCAUGAUGACAACACCCUUCCCAAGCCUAGGACACCUUUAUCUACUGUCAAUCUUCCAGCAACACCUAUCCAGCUUUCGUCACCGCUCUCCUUGCAACAAGAUAAACAAUAA